AUGGCGACACCGGAGAGGGAGGAGAGCGCCUCGAUUACGCGACAGGUUGAGAGGUCGCCUAGUCCACGCCAGUCGAGGUCAAGAUCGAGAUCGGUGUCGAAAUCAAAAUCGCCGACGCCGAGGAGAGAAAGGGAGAUGUCACAGGAUUCUCGAGGACGAUCGCCGACGCCGAGGAGAGAUGGGGUUGAUGAAAGGUCGCCGUCCAUAGAGUCGGGAGAGCACCGCCAUGAGGAGAGGUCUAGAUCCAGAUCACCGAUGGAGAAUGGGGAGGUGCACUCACGCGAUGCUUCCCCUCAGAGAUCCCCGACGCCGGCCCAUUCCCGCCGUCAAUCGCCAGCGCGCAGAAACCGAUCCUUCUCUCCACGGGACCGACGGUCUUUUUCGCCGAGGGACAGAGAUGAUGAGCGCCGCUAUCCAAUUAGGGAUCGGAGCCCCCCUUCGAGACAUCAUGGCCGGUCGCCGCCUCCGAGAAGACAUUCCCCGCCCCCUCGCCGCGAUGGGCCGGAUCGGUACCGCCCUGCUCCUGUUGCGCCGGCCAAGAGAGAGCGCACCCCCCCUCCUCCUGCGCCGCCGGCGAAGACGGAAGAGGAAAAGCUUGAGGAUAUGAGGGCUGAAUACCAGAAGCUGCUCAACCUUCGCAGUCAGGGUGUGUAUCUGCCACCGCAGAAGCUGCGCGCUUUGCAGGCUGCUAUUACGGACAAGACGAGCAAGGAGUAUCAACGCAUGGCUUGGGAAGCGUUGAAGAAGUCCAUCAAUGGCUUGGUCAACAAGGUCAACACGGCGAAUAUCAAGUUUGUGGUUCCCGAGCUGUUCAAUGAGAAUUUGAUCAGGGGCAGAGGUUUGUUUUGUCAGAGUCUGCUCAAGGCGCAGCAUGCUAGUUUGCCGUUUACUCCUAUUUACGCUUGUCUGGCUGCCAUUUGCAACACGAAGCUGCCGCAGGUUGGGGAGUUGCUGGUCAAGAGGCUGAUUAUGCGGUUCCGGAAGGCUUUCAAGAGGAAUGACAAGGCGGUUUGCUUGUCGAGUACCAUGUUUAUUGCGCAUUUGGUCAACAAUCAAGUUGUUCACGAGAACCUCGCGGCGCAGAUGCUGCUGCUGUUGCUGCGGAAGCCGACGGACGACAGCGUGGAGAUUGCGGUUGGGUUGAUGAGGGAGGUGGGGUUGUUUCUGGAGGAGAUGUCGCCUACGAUGGCGCACGCCGUGUUUGAUGAGUUUAGGCGCAUCUUGCACGAGGCUGAUAUCGACAAGAGGACGCAGUACAUGAUCGAGGUGCUGUUUCAGGUCAGGAAGGACAAGUACAAGGACAAUCCGGUGAUCAAGGAGGAGUUGGACCUGGUGGAGGAGGAGGAUCAGAUCACGCACAAGAUUGGGCUGGAUGAGGAUAUCAAGACGGAGGAUACGCUGAAUAUUUUCAAGUUUGAUCCGGAUUGGGAGGCGAAUGAGGCCGAGUAUAAGAAGUUGAAGGCGCAGAUUUUGGGAGAGGAAAGCGGGAGUGAGGAUGAGGAUGGGAGCGGGAGUGAGGAUAGUGAUAGUGAGGACGAGGAGGAGGAGGAGGAGACAAAGGCGAUUGAGAUCAAGGAUCAGAGCAAUGCUGAUUUGGUCAACUUGCGGAGGACGAUUUACCUGAGCAUUCAGUCGAGUGCGGAUCCGGAGGAGGCGGCGCAUAAGCUGAUGAAGUUGAGGUUGCCGGUGGGACAGGAGCCCGAGUUGGUGUCCAUGAUCGUGGAGUCAUGCGCGCAGGAGAAGGUGUAUCUCAAGUUUAUGGGGUUGCUGGGAGAGAGGUUUGCGAGGCUGAAUCGGAUGUGGAUGGAGCUGUUUGAGGAGUCGUUUAUGAAGUACUAUACGACGAUUCAUCGGUACGAGACGAACAAGCUGAGGAAUAUCGCGAGGUUCUUUGGGCAUUUGUUGUCGUCGGAUUCGAUUGGGUGGCAUGUUCUUUCGAUCAUUCACCUGAACGAGGAGGAGACGACGUCGGCGAGCCGUAUUUUCAUCAAGAUUCUGUUUGAGGACUUGCAGGAGAAUAUGGGCACUGUCAAGCUCAAGACGAGGCUGUCGGAGGAUAUCUUGAAGCCGAGCCUGGAGGGCCUGUUCCCGCACGACGAACCGCGCAACAUUCGCUUCUCGAUCAACUACUUCACUUCGAUCAAGAUGGGCUACCUCACCGACGAGAUGAGAGAGUUUCUGCAGAACAUGCCGAAACCAGCGCUGCCGGCACCACCUGCGGACUCAGACUCGGAGUCAGUGUCCAGCUACUCAUCUUAUUCGUCUUACUCUUCUCGGUCUCGUUCUCGGACACCACCGCGCAAGGCCAUCAGCAGGGGCCGGUCUCUGUCUCGCACUCCGCCUCGUCGGGCGAGGGACGAUUCUUACAGCCGUAGCAGAAGCCGCAGCUAUUCUCGUUCCGUUUCUCCCAGACGAUCUAUUUCUCGUUCUCCCCCACCACGUGCUGGCCGCCGCGACAGCCGGAGCCUUAGCAAGGACCGCAGCAUGAGCAGAAGCCGUAGUAGGAGCUGGUCACGGUCCCCUCCGCCACGGGCUCGGAGUCCUGUGGGGAAUGCCAGGGAUAGGAGCUUUUCACCGCCACCCCGCCGUGGCCGCAGCCGCAGCCGUACGCGCAGCCUGUCGUAUUCGAGAUCUGGCUCUCCCGUUGCUGAUCGGUCCACGGCUGUCGAGCGGAGGAGGGAUGAUUCUUACUCUGUGUAG